AUGCCCUUCAGACAUUUGCCGGUGCCCAUGGCACGCUGCCUGCGCGGCUUCGGGCCUGCAGGUGGGAGAGCAGGGGGAAUAGCCCGGCUGAAGCACACGCUGGGUGCCGGCCCAGCCGUUGUCGGCCAUGGUCGUCAACUUGCCGGUUUCUCAUCCGCUGCCCCACUGAACCGAGGCGGGGGAUCAACAUCAUCGGCCUUUGAUACUCGUAUAAGACCCGCGCCCCGGCCCGCCAUCGAGGAUGAGUUCAAGGCCACCAUCGAGCAAGCCAGGAAUCUUUCUUCACGAUCGACCGAAAUGUACACCGCGUCAUUUGCAUUUUUCGAGGCGUUAUGGGACGCCGGCGUCACCCACUGCUUCGUGAACCUGGGUUCUGACCACCCCAGUAUCAUUGAAGCCAUGGUUAAGGGUCAGAGGGAGAGGAAAGGCAACUUUCCCAGAAUCAUCACAUGCCCCAAUGAAAUGGUGGCCAUGUCGAUGGCUGACGGCUAUGCCCGUCUCACUGGAAAGCCGCAAUGUGUCAUCGUCCACGUUGAUGUUGGAACUCAGGGUCUCGGCGCUGCGGUGCACAACUCUUCGUGCGGUCGCGCGCCGGUCCUCGUGUUUGCCGGUCUGUCUCCGUUCACGCUGGAAGGCGAACUAAGAGGCAGCCGCACCGAGUACAUCCACUGGAUCCAAGACGUCCCGGAUCAGAAGCAAAUCGUGUCGCAGUACACCCGCUACUCGGGUGAGCUCAAGACAGGUACUAAUGUCAAGCAAAUGGUCAAUCGCGCCUUGCAGUUUGCGAGGUCAGAUCCUCAAGGCCCAGUUUACCUCUGUGGUGCCAGAGAAGUCAUGGAGGCGGAGAUUGAGCCGUACAGCAUCAACCAGGAUGAGUGGGAUCCCGUCGAGCUUGGCGGGCUGCCCAAGAAUGCCGUGAAGAAAAUAUCCGAGGCGCUGGCUGGCGCCAAGGAGCCCCUGAUCAUCACUGGCUACGGCGGAAGAAAGCACGAGUUCCCCGCUGCGCUUGUCGAGCUCGCCAAUACCGUCAAGGGUUUGCGUGUUGUCGACACUGGCGGCAGUGACAUGUGCUUCCCGGCUGACCAUCCCGGUUGGCUGGGUCUUCGCUUCGGCAUUGACGAGGCAGUCAAGACUGCUGAUGUCAUUGUUGUGCUCGACUGUGAUGUGCCCUGGAUCAACACGCUCUGCCACCCAACCAAGGAGGCCAAGGUCUUCCACAUCGAUGUCGACCCUUUGAAGCAGCAGAUGCCUGUCUUUUACAUCAAGGCCACAUCGAGAUACCGUGCCGAUAGCCUGAUGUCUGUGGAGCAGAUCACCGCCCACCUCAGGUCCGAGUACGCAGCUCAAAUUGAAUCUGAUGAGGCGAAGCAACUGGAAGCCAAGCGAAGCGAGUCGUACAAGGCUCUUCUGGCAAAGAUUGAGGAGAAGACAAAGCCUCAAUCGAAUGGCGAGUUUGGCACCGGACAUUUGUCCCGGACUCUGAGGAAGCUCUGCCCCGAGGACACCAUCUGGGCCAUCGAGGCUGUGACGAACACGAUAUUUGUUCACGACAACCUGCAACCAACGCUGCCUGGUUCGUGGAUCAACUGCGGUGGCGGUGGCCUCGGAUGGUCUGGUGGUGGCGCGCUUGGUAUCAAGCUCGCCACAGAUUAUGAGAACGGCGGCAACAACAAGGGCAAGUUUGUGGUUCAGAUUGUUGGAGAUGGCACCUUCCUGUUCUCGGUGCCGGGCAGUGUGUACUGGAUUGCGAAGCGGUACAACAUCCCCAUUUUGACCAUCGUUUUGAACAACAAGGGAUGGAACGCUCCCCGUCGUUCUCUGCUGCUGGUUCACCCUGACGGCGAGGGCUCCAGGGCUUCAAAUGAGGAGAUUAACAUCUCGUUCGAUCCCUCACCAGACUAUGCAGGCAUCGCCAAGGCGGCAGCAGGCGGUGAUAUCUUCACUGCGCGGGUGGACAACUCGGCAGAUCUCGAGGGAGUGCUCCAGAAGGCGAUCGACAACGUAAAGGGCGGACAAUCAGCCGUUUUGGAUAUCAAGGUACAAACGGGAUGCUGA